AUGCCAUAUUUCCAAUAUUGGCAAUCACCAAUUAGUUUUAGGAAUGUCAUGGUUAAAAAACACAAUCCCCAAAUUUUGUGGGAAAAACAUACACUUGUUUUUAAUUCCUUGUAUUGUUCCAACAACUGUUUAGCCACACCUGCUGUUUUAGAACUCAAAGCAGUGGAAGAAAUUCCUGCCCCUUAUCAAGAAUUUGCUGGAGUAUUUUCAGAGGAGGAAUCGUCAAAAUUACCACCCCACCGUCCUUACAACAUUGCCAUUGAGGAAGAUGCGGAACUUAAAGAAACCAUUGAGAAACAGCUCAAAGCUGGUCUAAUCCGCCCGUCUAGAUCCCCUAUGGCCUCUCCCAUAUUAUUUGUCAAAAAGAAAAAUGGGAAACUACGCAUGUGUGUGGAUUACCAGCGUCUGAACAGUAUGACCAAGAAAAACGUCUAUCCCCUGCCCUUGCCACAGAAUCUCAUUGAGAAAUUACAAGGUGCCAAGAUCUUUAGCAAAUUUGAUCUUAAGGCAGGGUACAACCUAGUCCAAAUCAAAGAAGGCGAUGAAUGGAAAACCGCUUUCAAAACAAAAUACGGACUAUUUGAAUAUUUGGUCAUGCCCUUUGGACUAACAAAUGCACCGGCAGCCUUCCAAGACAUGAUGAAUGAGAUAUUCAGGGACCUUCUGGAUGUCUACGUUAUCAUAUAUUUGGACAAUAUUCUAGUAUUCUCUCUUAACAAAAAAGACCAUGAAGCCCAUGUGCGAGAAGUGCUUAAAAGGCUGCAGGAUAACAACCUUUUUUGUAAUAUUGAGAAAUGUCAUUUCCACGUCAAAAGGAUCGACUACCUAGGAUUCAUUAUAUCGGAAUUUGGCAUAGAAGUAGAUCAAUCCAAGGUCACGGAUGCAAUGAAUUGGUCAACACCUAAGAAUGUCAAGAAUAUUCAGGAAUUCUUAGGGUUUGUAAAUUUCUAUAGACAAUUUAUUCCAAACUUUGGUAAUAUGGCACAACCUCUUUACAACCUGCUCAAAAAAGAUAGUAUUUGGAAAUGGGAACAGGUGGAACAACAAUCCUUUGAUGGCCUGAAGAAGUGUCUUACAUCAGCACCUCUACUUUUACAGCCCAACACUACAAAACAAUUCUACGAGCCAUAUUAUCACAGCGUAACCCUGAAGGAAAAACUGGCCCCUGUAGCAUAUCUAUCAAAAUCCCUGUCACCGGCUGAAAAGAACUACAAUAUUUUCGACAAAGAGCUGUUAGCAGUCAUUAGGGCAUUCAAGGAAUGGCGUCAUCUAUUAGAGGGGUCGGAAUUACCAGUCCAGGUUCUCACGGAUCAUAAGAACCUGGAACACUUCUCCACAUCACAAUCCUUGAAUAAACGACAAAUUCAAUGGGCCAACUUCCUGGUUGAUUAUAACUUCCAAAUUAUCUACAGACCUGGAGCGCAAAACAAAAAAGCGGAUAUUCUCUCAAGACAAUAUGAUUUAGUACCCCUUGAAGGGGGGGUAGAGAACCAAGUUCUCCUGAAACCAGAACUUUUCAUUGCGUCAAUCACUCCGGAUCAGGAAAUUAAUGACCUGAUUGGUGAAGCAAUCUACAAGGAUGAACGCCUUAAGGAAAUCUUGUACAAACUUCAGAACAAGGAUAAAGUAGUUGACUGGGAGUUAAAAGAAGGAUUACUAUGGUAUCAAGGAAAAAUCUUUGUACCCAGAGAUGAUACUAUUAGGAACCUCAUCUUGGAGUCUAGACAUGACGCAUUGGCUGCAGGACACCCAGGACAAACCAGGACACUAGAACUUAUUUCCAGGAGUUAUUACUGGCCAUUGCUGAAAAAGUUUGUCAAUUCUUAUGUCAGCCACUGCAAAACCUGUAUCAGGUCCAAGCCAACAAAUCAAGUACCUGUAGGACUGCUAAAGCCAUUACAAAUUCCUGAACGUCCUUGGGAAGAUAUAGCCUAUGACAUGAUUGUGGGACUACCAAUUUCAGAAGGCUUCAACGCCAUCCUUACUGUCAUUGACCGUUUCUCAAAAAUGGUCCACUUUAUUCCUACCCAAUCCACAGCAUCAGCUAUUGACAUUGCCAACUUAUUUAUUACAUACAUCUGGAAGUUACAUGGCCUUCCCAAGAGUACAGUUUCAGAUAGAGGCCCUACAUUUAAUGCCAAGUUUAUUUGUCACCUAUAUAAAAGGCUAGACAUCAAGCCUACAUAUUCUACAGCCUACCAUCCUCAAACAGAUGGUCAAACGGAACGGAUACAACAAGAGGCCAAGAUCUUUAUACACUUCCACAGGCAAAUCCCCUUUCCAAAAUGUUACGGCUAUAAUCCAAGAUUUACAGUUGGUCAAAAGUCAGAUGAAUCAGUCCCUAACGCAGAAGAACAUGCGGAAUUCCUAGAAAAGGGCUAUGAUGAAGUCAAGGCAGCGUUAUCAAUAUCCCAAGAAAGGAUGAAACACUUCUAUGAUCAACGUCACAGGGAAGAAGAAGAAAUUCAAGUAGGAAACAAAGUGUGGCUAAAUCAUCAAAAUAUAUCCACCAAUAGACCAUCUAUCAAGCUUAGCCACAAAAAGCUAGGCCCCUACUUGGUAAUUGAAAAAAUUGGAUCACAUGCGUAUAAAUUGCAACUACCCCAUACCAUGCGCAUACAUCCAGUAUUUCACAUUAAUCUUCUGACAAAAUUCCAUCCUGACCCUCAUGGACGCGAUCCUCCUCAACCUGCACCUAUCAUUACAGAAGAAGGUGAAGAGGAAUACAAAGUAGAGAAGAUCCUAGAUAGCAAGUGGAAAGGAAGAGGAAAGACAAAGAAGUUAUGGUAUCUGGUCAAAUGGAAAGGUUAUGAUGAAGGAAGUAACUUGUGGGAGCCAAUAGACAAUGUGGGAAAUGCUCAAGAAGUCCUAGAGGAAUUUCACAAGGAACACCCUGACGCAGUUGGAGCUUAA